AUGGAACUCAAAGAAAAGGACCUAACUAGGAACGCACUUUCUCCCGACUUUAAGCAAGAGAUUACCUACAAUGACGGCCUCGUAGCGUCAUUGCAUCCUCGUACCCGUGAAUUCAUCACCUCUCCAAACUGUUUCUCUAUUCCAAAACCUCCCUUCGGGUCGACUCGCGAUCUGUACCGCAGAAAAGACGGCCUAUACGGAGAAGAUGAUCCAAUCCAAUGGCCGCAGCCGAUUAAUACAAGCAAUCUCUACCUUACAUGCAUUCCUCGCUUCCCUUCAUCCGACAAUCACCCCUAUGUGAGCGACAGUUGUAUGUGGUCAGAGAUUGAUGAGAAAGACUUGGAUUUUUCACGUGCAGGACGGGAGCGUAAGGAAGGGACUUUGGAUGUUCGACUAUCAACGGAGUUGCAGUUUUCAAUCGAUAGGCUUCGCAACAGGACGUCACCUUACAUUCACCAAGGUCAUACUCCGAGUGGCCGAGGCGUUGUCAGACUCCUCACGGAGUUUGACAACAACAUUACCAUGUGUCUGACACGAGUUACUUCCAGUUCUAUGUCCCUACGGGAUGUACGUAGGGGCUUGGCGGAACUCAGGCGGAAUUGGAUGUAUUCUGUGGCUCUACUCGACUUCACGGAAACCUUGCACUCCAGGUUGAGGUCUACGCAAAGGGAUGGAAAUAGUGACGCAGAGGUCGAGAAUUGGAUGGGCGCCUUUGUUUGGAACGACACUGAUGCGAUCAGGCUGUACAAUGCCAACUUACCGGUCUACUACAUACAACCAUAUAACACCUUCGAUCGACAAGUCAUCCAAUCUGUGAAGCCACUUUCCCCACCCGAUAUUUGCAUGGCAACUGCGUCUCCUCCGUACCCCAUAACUCUUCCUAACUGUCAGGCUGGGUCGGAUGAGAAGUUCGCCGCAAUCCGUGCUGCUUCCAUUUCGUGCUUCGAUGUACAGAGUCCUUUUGAGAACAUGCAUUUACCCGGUGACUAUGUGUCGUCUUUUUCUUUAUCAGCCGCAUCCUCCAGUCGGAUUCUAUCGCCCACUGCUUCACUACCGUCCACCUCUACUGCUGGCCCUAUCCGAAAUCGUUCUUCAGUUGUCUAUCAUAGCCCAUAUUCCAAAAAUAAGGAAACACGUCUACAAGCCAAGAAAGGCUCUCAGAGUGUUAGGAACGCCUCGCAGAGUCAAAGUCCCGGCUCGCGCUUUGAUGAUCUAGUCGUCAGGAGCCCGUUUCUACUGCCACUUUUGCCUACAUGUAAAGGCGUCAACGCGGCCAUCACUCUGGAGCGAUCACACCUGCAUCACAACCCGGCACAACCCCCAAGACUCACCACAAUUGCCCCUGACCCGGCUCUCAUUUUCAGUACGCCAGAUGAAGAGCGGAGAAUGACCUACUUGAAGCAGUGGUCACAUUGUCAUGGACCUUGGCUCUCAUAUUGUCGUGACUCGGAGGCCUUCCCAGAGGCGGUCAGUGCUGGGGUUUGGAAGAAAGUUCUCAGUAUCCCAGUGAUCGGUGUGUGGAAGAGCGAAAAACUGGUCAAGUCAAAUCAAGAUCGUGAUCAUCGGUCUGCGACUCAACUGCUCAAUAGUAUGUUUUCUCGUCAGAGUCGGAGCGCGCCCAUCACAUAUUCACCGUCAUAUACGAUUUCUCCUUUGGAGGGAAGGUCUCUCGUGCAAGAACUCACAUUCCUCAACUUUCGAUACCAGCUUCUCUCUCUUGAUGAGCUGGCCAAUCAGACUGCUCCUAAACCGGCUCCAACUCUUUCAGCUGCGGAAUUGAAGGUCCUCGUUGUCAAUCACCGUCGGAGUCGAAGGGAAAUCGUCAGUGAGAUCUUUGGAAACGGUGGGGAUAUCUUGACGAUCAGCCACGCCACUUCAAUACAAGGAUUCUCUGCAGAACCGUGGUCUUCGAGAUUGAAUGCCUUGCGAGCUUUUUGGAAGUUGAUGACCACCUGGCCUGGAGAUAAGGAUGCGAUUUGGAGUCGUGGAGAAGAUCCCAACCUCCUACAACUGGUGGACCCCGGAAAAGAGUGGGAAAGGUUACUCUUCCGAUACUAUGCACAGACAUAUUUUAGUUUCUUUGGACAUCCACCUAUCCUACCGAGAGUAUCUUGA